CGCAUAUUUUUAUCUUUUUAUAUACAAAUUAUUAACAUAUCUUUUUUUUUUUCAAGUAAAUAAUGUCAAACUUGAGAAAAAAAGUAGUAAAGCAACAGCAAAGUCGUCGCUUAGCUGCACUUAAUUUGUUGGGUACACCCGUCACUUCUGAUAAUGAGGAUUCUUCUGACAUUGAUUCUGAUCAUUCCGUCAUUGGUGAUUCCAUUUUACCCAACAUAUCUGAAAGGGUGAUUGAAGAAGAACUUCGACUUUGCGUAGAUGAUCUUGGUGAAAAACGAGCUAGUUUGAGAGAAGCUGCCUUAUCUCGUCUUGUCAAACUAUUAAGCCAUUAUUACUGUGGUUUCUUCUUUGAUUCCUAUUCAAAUACCAGAGAAGCAUUGUUGCAGUUGUUGUUAAGAUCAAUACGGAAAUCAGCAAAUAUAAAUGAAGCCCUUUUGGCUCUUAAGGCUAUUGAACUUACAAUGAUUAAUGAAGGUACAGCAGAGGGAGAACAAGAAGAUUUAUAUGGACUUGUUUCAUCCCACCUGAAGCAAAUUAUACAGGAUAAAACAUCAUCUAUUGAGCUAAAAUGCCAGAGUAUAGAAACACUAGCAAUGAUUACAUUCACUUCUGCUUCAAUUACAAGUGCAAAAGGUGGAUUAGACUAUUUUUACAAGAUUUUGAUAUCUAAUGGCUCCAUAACUACUGUAGUUGCAACUCCUGAGGAUGAUGCUAGUUUUGAAAAUAUGAGUGAAGAACCGCAACAAGAAUUUUCGUCGCACGAUAUUGAUAUGUUGUUGGUACAUAGUCUGAAUGCAUAUGGAUUACUUUAUGCUUCAAUUUAUGGCCAAAAUAGAGGCCUUAAAGAUGAAGCUUGGGAUGAAUGGCAAUCAGCUAUGCCCGCUCAUUUAGAUUUACUGGAGUCAGCUUCAAAGGAUGUGCGAGUUGCAGCGGGAAAAAAUGUAGCAUUGAUGUAUGAAUGCUCACAUACAUUUAAAAAAACUGAUUUAUUAAUAGAGGAUGAUGAUAACAAACAACAAAAAAUGGGCCUCGUCGUUGAUGAUGAGAACGAUUUAAGUGAAUACGAAGAACUUGAUGAAUUGAUAGACACUUUACAACGUUUAUCUACAGAAAGUAGUCGUCGAGUCAACAAACAAGACCGAAAAGAACAAAAAAGUGCAUUUCGAGAUAUUUUACACAGUAUCCAGCUUGGAGAAAAACCCAAAGAAAAGUUGAAAUUGGGUAGACAGAGGUUGAUAUUUCGAGGAUGGGCUCCAAUUAUUGAAUUGCAUGCUUUUCGUACCAUAUUAGGAGCAGGUCUAGCAAAUCAUUUUGAAAGUAAUGAACUGGUUCAGAAUGUCUUUUCAAGUGGCAUUGAAGAGGAAGAAGAUGAAGAAGAAGAAGUUUAUAAUGUUGAAAGUGGAGAAGAUAAUAGUGUAGGUGGUGAAGAUGAUGAAGACUCACUUAUUAAAUCAAGGAAAAGUGUAAACCGAUCUAAAUACUCUAAAAAAUAUAAAGACUCGUAUUAUGAUUAAAUAAAUAAAUAAAUAAAAAAAAAGGGAGGGCUUUUAUUUUA